GCCUAUUCUUUCACGCCCUCUGCUCAGCUCCGCCCCUUGGAGAGAAGCGGCACUGCGCAGACUCGAAGGAGGCCCUGAGGACCUUUUUCCGUGUCGCUUUCUCCUUCUUCCCAGCAUUCCUUUUUCCUCAUUCUCACGGCUCACUGAGUUUUGCGCCACCCGGCACUUCGCGCCCAGGGCUUUGGUGACGUCAUGUUCCUGCGCCGCGUGGACGCCCGCCGGUGAAAGGAGGAAUAGCUGAACCGCCCUUCGCCUCCUUUUGUUGGGCUGCCGCUCCUUCCGAAUCAUGGCGCCAUCGCUGUGGAAAGGACUUGUAGGCGUCGGCCUCUUUGCCCUAGCCCAUGCUGCCUUUUCAGCUGCUCAGCAUCGUUCUUAUAUGCGACUAACAGAAAAGGAAGAUGAAUCACUACCAAUAGAUAUAGUUCUUCAGACACUUCUGGCCUUUGCAGUUACCUGUUAUGGCAUAGUUCAUAUCGCAGGGGAGUUCAAAGACAUGGAUGCCACUUCAGAAUUAAAGAAUAAGACAUUUGAUACCUUAAGGAAUCACCCAUCUUUUUAUGUAUUUAAUCAUCGUGGCCGAGUACUGUUCCGGCCUUCGGAUGCAACAAAUUCUUCAAACCUCGAUGCAUUGUCCUCUAACACGUCAUUGAAGUUACGAAAGUUUGACUCACUGCGCCGUUAAGCUUUUUACAAAUUAAAUAACAGGACAGACACAGAAUUGAGUAUUGGAGUUUGGGGUGUCAAACACUCCCCCCAACAUCAGUAUUUAUAUUGCUAUUUCAGAGCUAAUUACAAUAAUCUAUGGCCCUUGUUUGUACAUUGUUGAAAUCAAAUGGUGUAUAAGUUAUCUGUGAAACGAGUCUUUGAAGUUUCGUAUAGUGGUUUUUUUUUUUUCAUUUGAAACAAUUCCCAUGUUUUGUAAAAGUCACUGUUUUGAACACAUUUCCCAGAAAAAUGUUGGGAUUUUUGUGAUUAUUUAUUUUCGUAGAUUUCUUUUCUUUUGCACUACAGGUUUUAGGAGUCCUGAAAAUACCAUGUAACACCUGCAUUUUGCAACACAAGAGUCAAAUGGUCUUCAAUUCUUAUUAGACCGACUUCUUUAAGAAGACCAAAAUGGUGACUUUGCAGUUUUUCUUAGGUUCCCUAAAGAGUGACUCUGCUUUUACGGAUACUUGCCAGUUUUUACUUUAUCAAUGGUUUCUCUCCAGACCCUACUCCCAGAUACCUUCUAACAUUAGCUGUCUCGUUUCAUCACUUCUGAGAUUCUGUGUGCAGUGAGCAAUUUCUGUGUCAGAAAUUCUAUCAUGACAUAUAUAUUUAACAAGUUCAUCUUGCUGUGAAACUACUCCUGUUGUUCUGUUGUAAAAUUUUCACUGAUUAUAUAAUGUAAGACUAGUUGAAAGUAGACCAAAAAGACAAUUAUGACUUCAUUAUCUUGCCUGUGUAGAAUAGUAUUGAUUGAGGAAAACUGAUUGUCAUUAGCCAGUUUCACUCAUUCAAAGUCUGUUGACUUAUUUAUUUCGUACUAAACUGGUAAAUUAGUGAAAAUAAGGAAAUGUCUCACUUAAUCUAAAGGCAUAUGCAAAGAAAUUGGGCCAAAUAUGUUCUAAAUAUUUGGAGCUAAUCUAUUUCAAUUCUCUUAGAAAAUUAAGGUCCUUUAAGAAGUUGCUUCGUAGCUUCUGAUUGCAAGCUGGCUUGGAGUUUUCCAUCUUCACUAUGGUGCUGAAGGUGAGCAUAAGGACACAGCAUUGAAUGUUUUUCAGAAACAGUCAUUUUACUCUUAGGAAAAUUGGAGGAGCUUUUUUAGCUAGGAAACUAAGAAGCUCAACAUUACUUCGUAGAGACUAUUGCUUUCCACAAGCAUCAGCACAUUAAUUUUGUUCAAUUAUAUAGGUGUAAAGGGAAUAACUCCGGAUUUUGAUAGGAAACCCACCUGAAGCUUUUUUGUUUGUUUGUUUCAGGCAGGGUCUUGCUAUCCAAAUGUUCUCACACUUGGUGGCAUUUUUUCAUUAGGAAUGAACCUCAGCCUUUCUACCUGGUAAUGCAUAGCUUCAAAGGACAAGAUUAUUUUGUCAUUGAUUUGUUUUCGUUGUUUUUGUUUUUUGUUUGUAAAGAGGAUUUCAUAUAACCUGAGCUAGCCUCAACCUCACUAUGUAGCCAAGGAUGAUCCUUAUGCCUCCACCUCCAGUGCUAAGAUUAUAGGUGCUGCCACUAUACCUGGUUUUCUGGGUCCUGGGGAUUGAACCCAGGGCCUUAUGCAUGCCAAGCAAGCACUCUACAACCUGAGCUACAUCCCAGCCCCUUGGCAUUGGAUUGUGAUUCUUUUGUUUUUCCAAGUCUAUGUAGCACUGACACUGUUCUCUAAUGAGAACAACUCAGAAAGCUACUGAUCGCCUACAAUAAUUUAGAAACAGUCUAAAAAUGUGAAGUCAAGCCAGGUGUGGUGGUAUGUGCAUGUAAUCCUAGCACUUAGGAGGAUCACCAGUUUGGGGCAAAUCUGGGCUAUCUUAGUGAAUCCCUGUCUUAAUUCCAACCCCCCAGAAAAAGUGAAUCUAAGAACUAACAUGAUGAUAGUGAAAUGAAAAUGGCAUGCAGGAAGCAUGCUGCACAUCAAGCCUUUCUCCCAUUCUCCUUGACGAGUACUUGAUUGAAGAGCCUCUCAUUUUCUUCUCUUUGGGGACUGUCUUCCUUCUUAAUGUGUUUUCAUAAUAAUGUUAACUGAGAAUUAAUCUACAUGCUUUGUAAUUUCAUUCUUUUAAAGGGCAUAGUUGCCAGAUGCGGCUCACGCCUGUAAUCCUAACACUCAGGAGGCCAAGGCAGGAAAGUUGUCACACAACUCAAGGCCAGAUUGAGAUACACUAUGAGACCUUACCUUUAAAGAAGUUAUACAAAUUUAAAAGUAUACAAUUAAGUAACUUUUAAUAUAAUUGCAAAAUUGUGCAACUACAUGAUAAAUCUAGGCCAUUUUACUACCCCUAAAGAAGCCCUGUAUUCUUUAGUAGUCACCUCUGAUUUCCUCCCAGUGUGUCCCACCUAGGUCCUAGGGAACUAAUAGUCUACAUAUGUAUAAUCUGAUCAUUUACUAAAAAUGAAUUCAUGCAAUAUUUAGUCGUUGUGACCAGAUUCCUAAAUAUGGUUUUCUAUGUGCAGUGAACACUCACCUUGAGAACCCAGAGCCCAGUACAAUGAGAGGAAGUGUUUGAGGGGCUGGGAUUGUUAAUCUGGUAGAAUGCUUGGCUAGCAUAUGCAAGGCCUUAGGUUCAUCCACAGUAUCACAGUAAAAAAAGUAGUUGAUAGAUGAAUGGAUUUAAAGAGGGAAAGCCAAUACCUGACAGACGACUCAGUUAAUCUGGUUACAUAGAAUAGUUUCCCUUCUAGCCGAACAUCCAUUCUGUAAUACUGCUUCUAACAUUUAUUUAGUUUCUACAAUGGAUAUUAAAAUCUAUUCUUGCCUACCCAGCCAAGAAAAUCCUGCUAAAAAUAAUGCUAAAUUUUUUGGCAAAUAAUUGACAUAGUAAAUUUUAGAUAUGUCCACCUUUGCGGACAGCUUGUAUACCUCAGGCCAGGUAAACAUCCCAAAUUUUUUUUUAAAUCGACUUCAUUGAAUUUCUGCUAUCUUCUUGAAAUAUGGUACUAUAAAACUUAAUAAGAUAUGGGUGCAUUGUAACAGUGCUAAGUGUGUUCAGUACAGAAUAUUAUUUACAAUACUGUGGCGAUAGUCCAUUACUGCCUAGGGUAGUUCAAAAACAGUGAUGUGAGCUAGUGCUAGGUAAGCCUAUACUGACAUGAUUUCAGUGACAUUAAAAAGUAGGAGACAUACAAUCACAGUUCUCCAGAACGCAGGAACACACUUCAUAACCAGGGAACUAGCCAAAUCCUAUGGGCUAAUAGCUCAGCUGCAGGGAAUAAAGAUUGUGAAUUGGUGACAAGUAUGCACAGUUACUCCCUAAUGAUUGCUUCCUAAGCACUUGUGGCAUACUUUUGAGUGACAUGACAGCAUCUUCCUGGCUGUACGUGACCUGUUUCCAUGAUGUAUUGAGUACUGUUGUUUGUGAGCCUUGAUGCCUGUAACACCAAUAAACCCAUUUUUGGAUAUGUUUCCCCUCUCUUUAAAUGACCUUGCCCUGUCCAAUAAAUAAGUGAUUGUCUCACCUUG